AAUAACGCCGCUUUCGGCGUGCACGCCCUGUACCACCAUACUGCUAUUCGCAAAGAGACCACCCCACCGGCGUAUAUACCCUCCGCUCACCUUUGAUCUCGCCCCUCUGGAGUUUGUUUUAUAUACAGCAGCGCCUCAUGCCUCGCGCCAAAGCCCGCAACGGGCAGAGCACGUCCGUCAUGGUCAGUCAGGAGGAACCUAUUCAACGCUCGAACCGAGGCUAUGGCACCUUUACAAGAAAGGAGCACCAACGACGGCAUUCCUCGCAUCAGGUCCGCCACCAGCGACCAUGUGUGGACUCGGAAAACUUCCAAGCGCUUCUUGGAAAUUUCCUCACCGAGCUCAAUUGUAGACUAGACUUCCUAGAAUCGUACGGAACCUUCAAAGUUGACGCCGGUGUUGAAUACGCAUACUCUACCCUUCUCGCCGUUCGCGAAUCGUGCUCCAAGAUCUCAGAUGGCGCCAUUGAAGUGGGGCGACGGCAAGCAGCCGUCUUCGUGGAAACACUGGAGAGCCGAUACCAUGAAGCAUUGGAAACAAAGGAAACAUUGGCAGAGAAAGUGUUGGAAGGUAUACUGUUAAUGGAAGAUUGGGUAUCCGACCUCGAGACCCGCGCAUACGCAAUCCGAGAUGCAGGAAUCGAGACCGCGCACCACGAGCUGGAGCGCGCGAGGGCAGUCGUAGACGCAGGCCUCUACAAAGCGCACCGCGCGCGACAAUCUAUUGAACUCAGGAUCGACUUCGCAGUCGAGCGCGCCCUCGCCCGCGCAAAAGAGCAUGGCCUGAUCAAGUUCGAAGACCUCCCGGAACCAUGGCAAGUCAACCCGCACAUCCUGCACGGCUAUCGCUUCUGCGAGGGCCACUGGGCCUGCAUCCGCUCCAUCGGUGGCAUCCACAACGAAUCCACAAACAUCUGGACGCACCUGCUCGGCCUCUUCGUCGUCCUCGGUGUAGCCUUCUACUUCUACCCCGCGCAUGUAAAUUUCCACAUCUCGACAACCGCCGACGUCUUCAUCGCGGGCCUGUUCUUCUUCGCGGCCUGCAAAUGCUUGAUCUGCAGCUGCAUAAUGCACACCAUGAACAGCAUAUCGCACCCCGGCCUCCUGGAGCGCUACGCCUGCGUCGACUACACUGGCAUUUCUUUACUAGUCGGCGCCUCCAUCAUGACCCUCGAAUACACAGCCUUCUACUGCGAACCCGCCUCCCGCUGGUCCUAUAUGACACUCACCGCCGUCCUCGGCAUCGGGGGCGUCUACCUCCCCUGGAACCCGACCUUCAACCGCAAAGACCUCGCCUGGGUGCGCGUCCUCUUCUACGUCACGCUCGCCAUGACGUCCUUCUUCCCCUUUGGGCAGCUCGCUGCGACGCGCGGCCUCGACUGGGCGCAGUACUUCUACGCGCCCGUCACCAAGAGCAUGCUGGUCUACCUCGUCGGCGCGAUCAUCUACGCGAGUAAAGUGCCCGAGCGCUGGUUUCCUGGACGUUUUGACUACCUGGGAACAAGUCACAACAUCUGGCAUGUUGCCGUGUUGGGUGGUAUCGUCACGCAUUACUUCGCGAUGCAGGAGAUGUUUUCUCAGGCUCUGAUGAGGGCUGAGAUGCAUUGUCCUGUCGUUCACUAACUCUUUCCUUGCUUUUGACUCUCCUCCUUCCUUUCUAUAU